GCAAGAAGGUGAUAAGAAAUGGGAAUGUCUAGGAGUUUCCUUGUUAGCUUUCAAGGAGUUCUAGUUCUUGCUGUUCUGGUUAAAGCUCAGGACCAAUCAGGAUUCAUCAGCAUAGAUUGUGGGGCUCCUGCAGAUGUGAACUAUACUGAGUCCAACACAGGCAUAAAAUAUAUUUCAGAUGCAAAUUUCAUAAAUACUGGUGUGAGCAGGAAUAUAGUAUCUGAACUCAAAAAUGGCUAUCAACGACAGAUGUGGACUGUGAGAAGCUUCCCGGAAGGGAAAAGGAACUGCUUCAAAAUAAAAAUCACAAGAGGCUCUACUUAUCUGAUUCGGACUAAUUUCUUGUACGGAAAUUAUGAUGGCCAAAACAUGUUACCAGAGUUUGAUCUUCUUCUUGGGCCUAAUAGGUGGGAUACAGUGUCUAUAUACAAUGGAUCCAUUGACGUAGACUAUGAGAUCAUACAUGUACCUUCACUGGAUUAUAUACAUAUCUGUCUGGCUGACACAGACAAUGGGACACCAUUUAUAUCAUCCAUAGAAAUCAGAACUUUGAAAAAGGACACAUAUGUCACUGAAGUUGGAUCACUACAACGUUACUGGCGGUGCGAUUUAGGUACAAACACAACCGACACAGGCUACAGGUACAAGUACGAUGUUUAUGAUCGUGGCUGGGAUACCUGUGACUUCAAGCAAGAUUGGAAACAACUAAAUACUUCGAUUCCAGCUGAUUCUCUAGGGCAAAACAAUUACCAACCGCCAGCUAUUGUCCUGAGCACCGCGGUUACACCAGCAAAUGCUAGUGAUCCAUUGGUAAUAAGCUGGGAGCCACUAGAUGAAACUGAGCAAUUCUAUGUUUACAUGCACUUCACUGAGUUUGAAGUGUUAGCAAAGAAUCAGACAAGAAAAUUCACAAUCACUGAGAAUGGAAAGCCAUGGUAUCUUAACUUUUCUCCACCGUACCUGAGUGCAUUCACUGUAUACAGCCAGUCAGCUAUCAGCGGGAAAGAAAUUAAAUAUACUUUUGUGAUGACCCAAAGUUCAACCCUGCCUCCCAUCAUCAAUGCCAUUGAAAUUUACAAAGUAAUAGAAUUCCAGCAAUCAGAUACCUUCGAAGGAGAUGUUGAUGAAAUUACCACCAUCAAGUCGGUUUAUGGGGUGACAAGAAAUUGGCAAGGUGAUCCAUGCGCCCCUGUAGCCUACCUGUGGGAGGGUCUGAAUUGUACUUAUUCCGAAAAUGACUCCCCAAGAAUCACAACUUUGAAUUUAUCUUCAAGUGGAUUGUCAGGAAAGAUAGACCCUUCAAUCGCAAAGCUCACCAUGUUGGAGAUAUUGGAUUUAUCAAACAACAGCUUAAACGGUGAAAUUCCCGCUUUUCUGUCUCAAUUACAACACUUGAAGAUCAUAAACUUGGAGAAGAAUAACCUCUCCGGUUCAAUUCCUCCUGCCCUUAAGGAUGGUCCCCUCUCAUUAAGUGUGGGCCAAAAUCCAUAUCUAUGUGAAUCUGGUCAAUGCAAUGCCAAGGACGAUAAAAAGAACAUUGUUACGCCCUUAGUAGCGUCAAUUAGUGGGGUCUUGAUUCUUCUAGUAACCGUGGCAAUUUUGUGGACUCUAAAUAAAAGGAGAAAAUCAAAAGCUUUGACGGUAGAAAAGAAUCAAUAUCAGAUCUCACCACAAAACACAGAACAAGAUGAUUCAUUACUGCAAUUCAAAAAGCAAAUAUAUUCAUACUCUGAUGUCCUGAAAAUCACCAGCAAUUUCAAUACAAUUGUUGGUAAAGGAGGGUUUGGAACAGUUUAUCUGGGUUAUAUCGAUGAAACUCCUGUUGCAGUGAAAAUGCUUUCCCCUUCAGCUGUUCAUGGUUAUCAACAAUUUCAAACAGAGGUUAAACUUCUGAUGAGAGUUCAUCACAAAAAUUUGACCUCCCUUAUUGGUUAUUGUAAUGAAGGAACCAAUAAAGGUCUCAUAUAUGAGUACAUGGCUAAUGGAAACUUACAAGAACAUCUUUCUGGUAAAUGCAACAAAACAAAAUUCUUGAGCUGGGAGGACAGACUUCGUAUAGCAGUGGAUGCGGCCUCAGGAUUGGAGUAUCUGCAAAAUGGUUGCAAGCCUCCUAUAUUCCACAGGGACAUAAAAUCUACAAACAUCUUGUUGAAUGAACACUUUCAAGCAAAGUUAUCUGAUUUUGGUCUAUCCAAAAUUAUCCCAACAGAAGGGGGAACUCAUGUGUCGACUGUUAUUGCUGGUACUCCCGGUUAUCUCGACCCUGAGUACUACAUAACCAAUAGAUUAACAGAGAAGAGCGAUGUUUAUAGCUUCGGUGUUGUUCUUUUGGAGAUAAUCACAAGUAAACCAGUGAUAACAAAGAAUCAAGAAAAGACUCAUAUAAGUCAAUGGGUUAGCUCGUUGAUUGCGAAAGGUGAUAUCAAGGCCAUUGUUGACUCAAGGUUAGACGGAGACUUCGAUAGUAACUCAGUUUGGAAAGUAGUAGAAAUAGCAACGUCCUGUGUGUCUCCAAAUCCCAACAGAAGGCCAAUCAUAAGUGUGAUAGUGACUGAACUGAAGGAGUCUUUAGCAAUGGAAUUAGCUCGGACUACGUAUAGCAUUGCUGAUACUAGAGAUUCAAUUAAAGCGGUCACCAGGACUCUGAAUACCGAAUUUAUUCCUCAGGCCAGGUAAACUAUUGCCCAAUAUAAGAUGACUAUACUCAUAGAGAGUGUUUUGAAGACGUAGAUGACAAGGGUGGGUGGUUUUCCUUUUGCAAUGCCAGAAUGAGAUCAAGCCACACAAGUGAAAGUGGCACCAUACUAGUUGUGAAUAAUUUGCAUGUAUGUUUUCUGAGUGAUACUUGUUUGAGUGUUAUAAUUGUCCUCCAUGUGACUCUGAUAAGGAUUGGUGAUUGAAAUGGAGUGUGCAAAUAGAAGAAAAAUAAAUAAUUAGGAAUGAAUAUCAAUGUAUAAUUAUUUAUUAUUGGAGGUUUUA